AGCUCCCUCCUUCUGAAGUCCUGAAUCAGCAUCGUCAGAUAGACGUACAUAUAAAGAGAAGCACACAAAGCACCGUGGUGUUGGUGCAGACGCGUCCCAGGACUCUGCAGGGGAAUUACAACGUCUACCUGAGCCUUGCUGACAGACAAUACACUUUAAAUAGUCUGCAACAAAACAUCCUGCUUUUAGCAUCUGGAUCAACAUGAGAGAGUGCAUCUCUAUCCAUGUGGGCCAGGCAGGUGUCCAGACUGGAAAUGCGUGCUGGGAGCUCUUCUGCCUCGAGCAUGGUGUCGGCCCUGAUGGCGUCUUCCUGGAGGGUCCUACUGAGCCAAAUUCCCGUGAAGAUCCAUUCAACACUUUUUUCAGUACUGGGAGCUUUGGCCGUCACGUUCCCAGGGCAAUAUUUGUAGACCUGGAGCCCACGGUUAUUGAUGAAGUGAGAGUUGGAAAAUACAAAGAGCUCUUCCACCCUGAGCAGCUGAUCUCUGGAAAGGAGGAUGCAGCCAAUAACUACGCUCGAGGCCAUUACACUGUCGGCAAAGAGAUCAUUGAUGGAGUCAUGGAGCGGAUUCGAAAAAUGACGGAUCAAUGCACAGGCCUGCAGGGGUUCCUGGUCUUCCACAGCUUUGGAGGAGGCACUGGCUCUGGCUUCACCUCUCUUCUGAUGGAGCGUCUCUCGUUAGACUAUGGCAAGAAAUCCAAGUUGGAGUUUGCUAUCUACCCAGCUCCCCAGGUGUCCACUGCAGUAGUGGAGCCCUACAAUGCCAUCCUGACCACCCACACCACCUUAGAGCACUCUGACUGUGCCUUCAUGGUGGAUAACGAGGCCAUCUACGACAUAUGUCGCCGCAACAUGGACAUCGAGAGGCCGGGUUACCUCAACCUCAACAGAUUGAUCGGUCAGAUCGUCUCCUCAAUCACCGCCUCACUUCGCUUUGAUGGCGCCCUCAAUGUUGAUCUGAUGGAGUUCCAGACCAACCUUGUCCCAUUUCCACGUAUCCACUUCCCUCUGGUUACCUACUCACCCAUCAUCUCUGCUGAGAAGGCUUACCAUGAGCAGCUGACUGUGUCCGAGAUCACCAGUGCUUGCUUCGAACCGACCAAUCAGAUGGUCAAGUGUGACCCUCGUCAGGGCAAAUACAUGGCGUGCUGCAUGCUGUACAGAGGAGAUGUUGUCCCUAAGGAUGUAAACGCGGCCAUAGCGAGUAUAAAGACCCGACGCUCCAUCCAGUUUGUUGACUGGUGCCCCACUGGUUUCAAGGUUGGCAUUAAUUACCAGCCUCCGACUGCAGUCCCUGGUGGAGACCUGGCCAAAGUCCAGAGGGCCGUGUGCAUGUUAAGCAACACCACUGCCAUUGCUGAGGCCUGGUCUCGUCUGGACCACAAGUUUGAUCUCAUGUACGCUAAGCGUGCAUUUGUCCACUGGUAUGUGGGCGAAGGCAUGGAGGAAGGCGAGUUUGCAGAGGCCAGAGAAGACCUGGCCUGUCUGGAAAGGGAUUAUGAAGAGCUGGGCCGAAUGAGCCCCGAUUCAGAAAACGAUGAUGACGAAGUCUGAAUCUCAGCAGCGAUCACAAAGCAGUUUUUGUUUACUUAUUUUGUCACUGUUUCCAAGCUAGAGUUAACCAAAAUGAUGGCCUUUGCCACGGCCUUGUUUUUAAAAAUAGUGUCCGUUUCAGAUUAUAAAACUAACACUUACAAAAACAUUACAAAAAACUAUAAAAAAAAAUAAAUAAAUAAAUUAUAUGCACCGCCUCUGGCACUUCAUGACAGCACCUGGGUCCAACUGGACUCACAGCAGUCUGACUACCACUUAAUUAUGAUCAAUCAUCUUUGAAUUCUUGCUUGUGUUGUUCUUACUCUCAGAUGUAAGUUGAUUUGGAUAAAAGCGUCUGCUUAAUGACUGUAAAAUAGAACUUAUACAUGAUGUGAUUUGUGCUCUGAAAUAAACUUUUAUCUUUUGCAUGUGAAACUAGAUAGAAACACAGUUACCUGCUGCUCGAGGGUGAUGCUGUGGACACCACAUUCUCAUUACAAAACCCACCUUUGCAUACAUUUUAAUGUGCACGAAAAUAUCAUAGCCUUAUAUAAUAAAAAACCUCAUUGCAUUUCCUCUGAAGCUCAUAACCUGAUAAAUAUACAAGUACAUAUGUCGCUGUCCUCAACCUUCUUCACAAACUGGUCUUACACAUUUAAUGAAUGUGAAAUAAGGAGGCAGUUUUAUAGGAUUUUUUAUGUUAGUUUUAUAUGUAUAAAGAAAUACACACUUUUUUUAAACUAGAAAUUUCAGUAGUGAUAUGUAGGAGUCGGUUACUUUUAUGUCUCUUACAGAAAUUUAAUGUACAGUCAUCCCACAUAUGAAAUUCCUCAUUUUUGGUUGUUAUCUAAAACACAGGGAUUGUGUUAAGUCUGUCAUUAAAUGGUUGUACAAAAUAAGAAAAUCCAUUCUAUUUAACAUGUUUCACAAAUGGGCUUUGGAGGAUAGUUUGCAUUAGAUGAUUCAGAAAUUUUAGAAAAGUUCUGAAGGUGAUAUACUAGAACUGUAAAUUUAGAUUGUAUGCUUUUCAAAACCACCACAUUUUGUUAUAUCAAGACUAUGUUAAGACUCUCAGAAGAGGCCAGGAGAUAACACAGUUUGAGGAAUGAUCACUAAGGAAAACAGAUUUUUUUCUUUUCUUUCUUAAAUUCAAUGUAAAUUUGUUUGACAUUCAUCCUUAUUUUGUGACUAAACUUUUUGUAAGGCUUAACAAAAACAUUUUAUCUUAGUUUAGUUUUGUUUAUGUGAUAGAAUCAACAUGUCAAGAAUGAAAUAAUAAACUUUAGAUACAUUU